AUGGUGGGCCUCGAUGAUGUCUUGCUUGAAGCCAUGGAUAAGCUGAUGGGACAACACUCGGCUCGCCAGAUCCUUCCCAUUGUUGGCAUGGGUGGCAUUGGUAAGACCAUUCUCGCUAGAAAUUUGUAUUCAAAUCCAACUGUCGUGGAACAUUUUUAUCUUCGCGGUUGGGCUACGAUUUCCCAACAAUACGAUUCGAAAGAAAUUCUCCUACAAGUCCUUGUUUGUCUUAAAGUCAUAGAAAGUAUGGAAAUGUUGAGCAAAAAGAAGGAAUAUGAAAUAGGAGAAAUAUUAUACAAAACAUUAUGCGGUCAAAAGUAUUUGAUCGUGAUGGACGACGUGUGGAGCGUCCGUGCAUGGGACAAGGUCAAGUUUUUCUUUCCCGAUAACAAUAACGGGAGUAGGAUAGUUAUAACUACUCGGCUGUCCGACUUGGCUUUCGAGCUGAGCGGCUCUCGUGGCCUCGAGAUGGGAUUUCUAAAUGAGGAUAACAGCUGGAACUUGUUCUGGAAAAGUGUCUUUGGAGAAAAAGACUGCCCUCCGGAAUUGGAAGAAAUAGGAAAGAAGAUUUCGAAAAAUUGCAAAGGCCUUCCUCUGUCGAUCGUGGUGACCGGAGGACUACUCGCAAUGUCCGUCCAAACGCUCACACACUGGCAAUACAUUGCGGAGAAUCUAAAUUCGGUAGUGAAUUUAAACGACAACGAGCGUUGCUUGAGAAUACUAAGUUUGAGCUAUAACCACUUGCCGGUCCAUCUAAAGCCGUGUUUUAUUUACAUGGGAAUAUUCCCCGAGGACCAACUGGUGAAGGCCUCCACGCUCGUCAAUCUAUGGAUAGCCGAAGGGUUUUUGAAACCGAUCGGAGAUAAAACCCUAGAGGCCGCCGCCGAGGAGUACUUAAAAGAUCUCGUCCAGCGAAAUCUUAUCUUAGUUCAAGAGCUUGGGCACCAUGGAGACAUAAAGCGUUUCGGAAUCCACGAUCUCUUGAGAGACCUAUGCAUGAAAGAAGCCGAAAAGGAUAGAUUCUUUUGUGUAGCAGCAACAGAUAGACCCAACACCGAACAAGAGGGGAGUAGCAAACACGUUCCCCGGGCAGUUGGUAACGCCAUUCGAUCCGCAACGCUUGCUCGUUCGUUGAUUUGCAGUGCCGACAAAUUUGCACCGGCACGACGUCGUCCUUGGCGAUUGUUGAAGGUGUUCCACCGCAUCGAAGUUGUCAUUCCAGAAUACAUGUAUUCCCUAAAAGACGUCUUCCGGCCGGUCAACUCGCGGCACAUUGACUUGGAUUUGAUCAAGAAAGACGCGGAGGAGAUCGUGAAGCAGUUAGGAUGCCAGCUGGAGAGAAAUUAUUCAAUGCCAGCUGGCGGGCCGAGACCCCACCCUUCAGGGCUCAACGGCUCCAUGGUGGGCCUCGAUGAUGUCUUGCUUGAAGCCAUGGAUAAGCUGAUGGGACAGCACUCGGCUCGCCAGAUCCUACCCAUUGUCGGCAUGGGCGGCAUAGGUAAGACCAUUCUUGCAAGAAAUUUAUAUUCAAAUCCAACUGUCGAGGAAUAUUUUUACCUUCGCGGUUGGGCUACGGUUUCCCAACAAUACGAGUCGAAAGAAAUUCUCCUGGAAGUCCUUGUUUGUCUUAAAGUCAUAGGGAGUAGGGAAGUGUUGAGCAAAAAGAAGGAAUACGAAAUAGGAGAAAUAUUAUACAAAACAUUAUGUGGUCAAAAGUAUUUGAUCGUGAUGGACGACGUGUGGAGCGUCCGUGCGUGGGACAAGGUCAAGUUUUUCUUUCCCGAUAACAAUAACGGGAGUAGGAUAGUUAUAACUACUCGGCUGUCUGACUUGGCUUUCGAGCUGAGCGGCUCUCGUGGCCUCGGGAUGGGAUUUCUAAACGAGGACAAUAGUUGGAACUUGUUCCGGAAAAGCGUCUUUGGAGAGAAAGACUGCCCUCCGGAAUUGGAAGAAAUUGGGAAGAAGAUUUCGAAAAACUGCAAAGGUCUUCCUCUGUCGAUAGUGGUGACCGGAGGACUACUCGCCAUGUCCGUCCAAACGCGCAAACACUGGCAAUACAUUGCGGAAAAUCUAAAUUCGGUAGUGAAUUUAAACGACAACGAGCGUUGCUUGAGAAUACUACGUUUGAGUUACAACCACUUGCCGGUUCAUCUAAAGCCGUGUUUUAUUUACAUGGGAAUAUUCCCCGAGGACCAACUGGUGAAGGCCUCCACGCUCGUCAAUCUAUGGGUAGCCGAAGGGUUUUUGAAACCGAUCGGAGAUAAAACCCUAGAGGCCGCCGCCGAGGAGUACUUAAAAGAUCUCGUCCAGCGAAAUCUUAUCUUAGUUCAAGAGUUUGGGCACCAUGGAGACAUAAAGCGUUUCGGAAUCCACGAUCUCUUGAGAGACCUAUGCAUGAAAGAAGCCGAAAAGGAUAGAUUCUUUUGUGUAGCAGCAACAGAUAGACCCAACACCGAGCAAAUCUGGCACACCCAACGGCGCAUAGGAAUUCAGAGACGAGAAGGGAGCAGCGAACACGUUCCCCGCGCAGUUGGUAACGCCGUUCGAUCCGCAAUGCUUGCUCGUUCGUUGAUUUGCAGUGCGGACAAAUUACGGCGGCAUCCUUGCCGAUUGUUGAAGGUGUUCCACCGCAUCGAAGUUUUCAUUGCGGAAUACGGGUAUUCCCUGAAAGACAUCUUUCGGCCG